UUUUUUGUGAGUAGCAAGUCGUCGACGUCCGCACGCACCUGCGCCUCGGCUGCAACACCACGCCCAUGAUCGAACGGUAACACGUAGCAAUACUCGACAACAUGGCUGCACCCAUGGCGCCCUCGAUGGUGCCAAAAGAGGAAGAGCCCUCCGCCGUCGACCUUGCGAACAAUGAAGCAGGCACCCCCGCCGAUGCGCUGUACGACAAAUGCGCCCAAAGAUCACAGGGCACCGUCUUCUUCCAGCGCGACUUGUCCAACAUGCAAGUCGCGGAGACCAUGGCUGAGCUCACCAUGCUCCUGCAGGAGCUAUGCGACCGUCAUCUCAUGAAGCUUAUGACAUUCGAGGGAGAGCCGUGCUGGAAGCUGCGGUCUCGCGCCGAAGCCGACAAACUCCGGCGACUGACACCCGACGAACGCCUCCUCUACCACCACAUCGACCAAGUCCAAGCCGAGGGCAUCUGGUCUAAGGCAUUACGCGCACGAACCAACGUCACACAACAAGUCCUCACAAAAUGUCUCAAGAGCUUGGAGUCGAAAGAUCUGGUGCAGUCAGUCAUGAGCGUCAAGUUUCCCAACCGCAAGAUGUACCUGCUGAAGCACUUGCGGCCAUCAGAGGACAUUGCUGGAGGUCCAUGGCAGUCAGAGGGCGACUUUGACACAGCGCUGAUCGAGACGAUAUCAGGCAUCGUUGCGCAACACAUCGAGAAUGAGACGUGUAUCAAAGUGCCCGGAAACUGGAAUGACUACGAGAGGCCAGACAGGACAGCUGACAUGGCACAAAAGAAAGCGCAGGUGCAGGGCAUACGAGAUAUCGAAGAUGCGCCCGCAGUGAAGCCAUACCACCAGCCAAGAGAUCCGAACUCGUCCAAGAUCGUACACAAGAACAACCCGCAAUAUCCAACCUCUGCCUCGGUCGCCGAGUGGCUAAACUCAAAGGAGAUUCUGAGGGGCAAGACAGUACGAGAGGACGACAUGGAGCAGCUGCUGGAGAUGAUGGUGCUCGACGGACGGCUCGAGAAGAUUUCAGGAACAAACUACCGCACGGUCCUGACUGCGAUCGACACCAAGGUCUACAAUGGUUUCGUCGACGCUCCGUGCGGCAACUGUCCCGUCUUUGAUCUCUGCGGCGACGAAGGAGAGAUCUCGGCCAGGACUUGCGUGUACUUCGGGCAGUGGCUGGAGACGCAGUCAGAAGAAGUGUAGAAGUCGAUUUCACCAGGCAUAGCGAUGGCGUUCAGGGCAUUGAUGCAUUUGCGGCUACUAUUGAGGAAAUACCCAACCACAUCUU